AUGCAUUCAGAAUUAAUCAGGCAGCCUUCACUGAGAAAUUACUCUUGAUCAACGUCGGCAAAGAACGACACUAUUUAGAACAAUGGGAUUAUUACUGGCUAGAUUGUUAACUGCAUUUGAGUCCUUUUCACAGGAAUCUUCAGAGUCUAAAAUUCUAAUGCUUGGCUUAGACUCUGCAGGCAAGACAACAAUUCUGUACAAGAUCAAACUGAACGAGAACGUACAGGGAAUUCCCACUGUUGGGUUUCACGUGGAAACCGUGUCCCCGAUAAAGGGCGUGACCUUCACGGUUUGGGACGUAGGGGGUCAGGAAGUGAUUAGACCUCUGUGGAAGCAUUACUACCAAAACACGCACGGAUUGGUGUAUGUUGUGGACAGCAAUGACAGAGAGAGAAUCCUGGAGUCACGUGAGGAACUGUUUGGGAUUUUGGAGAACAAUGAUAUGAGAGGAGUUCCGGUGGUGAUCAUUGCCAACAAACAGGACCAACCAAAUGCCCUGAGUACAUCUGAUGUGGCUGACCUUUUGUGCCUACACAAACUAACGUCUAGAAAAUGGUUCAUACAGCCCGCAUGCGCAAUAAAGGGUGAAGGACUUCAUGAGUCCAUAAGCGAAUUAGCAACACUAGUAAAAGAAUUCAAAAAAGUUUCGAGAUGAUCACUUAAUGACUUUUUGUCGUUAACAUUAACGAUUAAAAAAAGCCGCUGCUUUUUUCCAAGUCUUGCCAGUUAAUGUGUGAUGCAUAAACAUGUAAUAUCACGCAUUGCCUUUACCACAACCAGUACAGCAUUAAGUAUAUGUGCGUUACAUUUCGUGAAUGCAGACAAAUUAAAUAGUCGAGAUAAUUUUUUUAUUGUAUACAUGUAAAUGUAAAUAAUACUUUUUAUCAAACGUUGAUGUCACAAUAUUUAUAUGUGUUAAAAAUCUUUUCCCUUUUUCACGUCAUACUACAGUGUAUUGUUGUAAAGCUGUUAUAUAUAACGGGUGCUACGUCAUAACAAAAUGGUGGUUGUGAGACGGAAUAUAUUGUAUAGCAUUGGCUAUAUAUGAGCAUUAUGGCAUGCGUUUAUAAAAGCUUUGCUCAUGAAUAUGUAAACAGCCUAAUUUUUAAUUUUUGUUUUUAAUGCUCUGUAAAUGUGAUAUCCAUUCUUACCUCCCUUUGUUUGUCUAGUUUACAGAAUUGUUUUCUAUCAUCCGCUCUUGUUAAAUACUUUUGACAACAGAGCUGUAUUGUAUUGUUGCAAAUCUUUUAAUUUUUAAAUUUAAAUUGUACACAGUAGGCCUCUGUCAUUGUAUUAUGAGCAAAAUGAUAUAAUAAAUAUAUAUAUAGAU